GACAGGAAAAAUUGAAAAAAAAAAAAAAUAUUUACAGCUGUUUAUUUAUUUUCUUUUUUUUUGUUUCUUGUUCUACAAUUAACACAAUAACACCACACUCAGCUGCAAAUCCAAUCUCCACGUCUUACAGUACAUCCCCCGCCUUAAACCAUAACUUAGGCAAAGGUAGUCAUUAAUAAAAAUACAAAAAAAUAAAAGCAAAAUAAACGAAAAGCAAAAAAAAAACCAACACCCUUUACCACCUACUAUUAACAGUCGAACCAUAUUUCUCUGAUGCAACUCUCAUCAACACAAUUAUUACACCAACAAACUUGUGAACAAUAUUGUAUUUAAUUUCCCAUGCAUUUUUGUGCUAGUCGCACUCAUGUAAAAGUGUUAAUAUCAAGUGCUCUUUUUGCCUAAAAACGUGUUUAAUUAAUUAAAAGAAGAACAACAAAAUAUUAUAAAAAAUUAUAAACAGUUUAUUUCAAUUCCCAAAUAAUUAAUAACUUUUCAAGCAUAUAUUAUUGUAUGCCUGCAUGAGUUCAUAUACCAAAAUUUGCUGAAUAUAUAUAUAGAUAUAUAUAUAUAUAUAUAUAUAUACACCUAAAAUCUCAACCAUCUGCUAAUCAUUACUAUAUUGAAAUUUAUUAAAGAAAUCAAAACCAUAUCUGACAGCUUUAGCAUUCAUUCGCUCACAUGAUGGCUGGUGCUGGUGAUCCCAAAUGGCAAAAAGAUGCUGCCGAUCAAAAUUUUGAUUACAUGUUCAAAUUGCUUAUAAUCGGCAAUUCGAGUGUUGGCAAAACGAGUUUUCUAUUUCGUUAUGCUGAUGACAGUUUCACCUCAGCGUUUGUCUCAACAGUCGGUAUCGAUUUUAAAGUGAAAACAGUUUUUCGCCAUGACAAACGUGUUAAACUGCAAAUAUGGGACACUGCUGGUCAAGAACGUUAUCGUACGAUAACGACAGCAUAUUACCGUGGUGCUAUGGGUUUCAUAUUAAUGUAUGAUGUAACAAAUGAGGACAGUUUUAAUUCUGUACAAGACUGGGUUACACAAAUCAAAACCUAUUCUUGGGAUAACGCACAAGUUAUACUGGUGGGCAAUAAAUGCGAUAUGGAAGAUCAACGAGUAAUAUCGUUUGAAAGAGGCCGACAACUGGCCGAUCAGUUGGGCGUCGAAUUCUUUGAAACCUCAGCCAAAGAGAAUGUAAAUGUUAAGGCGGUCUUUGAACGUUUGGUGGACAUAAUUUGUGACAAAAUGUCGGAGAGCUUAGAUGCAGAUCCCACGUUAGUGGGUGGUGCUCAAAAAGGCCAACGACUGACAGAUCAACCUCCUGGCACACCCAAUGCCAAUUGCAAUUGUUAAAUUUAUUUUUUCCUUUUUUUAAAAUAAAUUGAAAUUUGUCUCUUUUAAGUGUUUUUGUUUUUAUUUAUU